UUCAAUUUAUUUCUGUCCACGUCACUAAAAUAAUUCCAUAUUUCUUUAAUACUUUUGUGCGGUUUAUGUUACGAGUUAAUAUUUUUUUAUACCGAUUGUGUUAAGUACCAUAUAUUGUGAAAACAGGCUGAAAAGCACUCCAGUUAUAUUUUUAGUCCAAUCGUGCUAUUCCUAUUGAUUUACACUAAUGGCACCCAGUGCUUAGAGUCGUCAAGGCCCAGUACCAAUCGAAACAUUAAUAUAUUCUCUUGAAAGUAUUAUAGAAUGCGAUGCUACCUCGUAGGCGAAACAUUGGAGGAGUGACAGAGCGAUCAACGUUGGAAAACGAUUUAGAAACUUAUAAUAAAUUAGAUAAGAAAGGAGUACAGCUACUGAAUAAUAAUUCAAGUGUUUUUAUUCCGUUUCCAAAGACGGAAGUGAAACAAAGCCAUUCAAGUCAUAUUAUUCAGACUGAUAUAAAAUUCGACAUUCUUGAAGAAUUUGUGUUUGAGCCAGUUAUGGCUGCUCGAGACAGAACCAAUGAAUUCAUAUCAGCAGUGCGGAGCUUGCAGGGAAGGACUCUGGCCAGGCCAGUUAUAAGAGAUGAACGGAAAGCCCAAAUGCUUGAGACUUACUCUCAAUUUAUGAGUAUGGCAAAAGUGAUCAGUAAAAAUAUUACCAGUACUUAUGCCAAGCUUGAAAAAUUGGCAAUGUUGGCCAAAAAGAAGUCUUUAUUUGAUGAUCGACCAACAGAGAUACAGGAGCUAACAUAUAUUAUAAAAGGAGACUUGAGUUCUUUGAAUCAGCAAAUAGCCAGGCUAGGUGAAAUGCCUAGAGGGCGCAGAAGUAUGCACAGUCAUUCAUCUAGUGUAGUGCUUGCUUUACAAUCACGUUUGGCAUCAAUGAGUAAUCAGUUCAAACAGGUUCUGGAAGUGAGAUCUGAGAACUUGAAACAUCAAAACAACAGAAGAGAACAGUUCUCGAGAGUGGGACCUGUAGUUAAAGAAGUCCCCUCUCUCUUACAACUGGAUGAUGUGAGCAUAGAUUUGGGUGAUGCACCUGCCAUGCAAACUCAACAGUUAGCAAUGCGAGAUGAUUCAGACACAUAUGUACAACAAAGGGCUGAAACCAUGCACAACAUAGAGAGUACUAUUGUGGAAUUAGGAGGAAUAUUUCAGCAACUAGCACAUAUGGUGAAAGAACAAGAUGAAGCUAUUGGUAGAAUUGAUGCAAACAUUCAAGAAGCAGAAAUGAAUGUGGAGGCUGGUCACAGAGAGAUCAUGAAGUACUUCCAAAGUGUUACUGGCAACAGGGCCUUGAUGUUUAAAGUUUUUGGUGUUUUAAUAUUCUUUUUCAUAUUUUUUGUUGUUGUAAUGGCUUAAUAGUGGCCCAAUUCUCUGUUUGAAGUUUUUGAACUUUCAUACCAAAAGUUGAAAGUACCGGAUAAACCAAUUAAAGAUAAAAACCCAGUCAAAUGCAAGACCAUACCAUUAUCUAAAAAAGUAGCAAAAAAUCAUGUUUCUUACCUUGAAA